AUGGAGCCAGCCGCUCGCUCCAGCUUCGCCUUCAGUCCGGCGGGGCUUUCCUCGCCCGGAGGGAUAGCUGAGGAGCUGCUGCUGCUGCUGCUGCUGCGGGAGAAGGAAGCGAAGCCCUCCGGUUAUUCGGGAGUUGCCUCCCGCUCACCGGAGCCCCGCGCUGGGAAAACCGGGCGAGAGCCGAGCCUUCCCGGCCUUUGGAUCACCGUUUCCGCCGCGCCGGCCCCGGGCGGCGGAACAACGUCCCCGCGAGGCAGGGCUGCGUCCGGGUCGCCGAUCCUGUGCUGCCCCCUCGCGGCCGCCCCGGCGGUGGGAUGGGAGGCCUCGAGGGGAAAGGCGGCGGCCCCAGCUCAGCCUCGGGCUGGCCAGGGACGAGGCCGCCGUCCCUCCGCCUGGAGGCUGGUUCACAAUGGUCGCCCGGGUGACGCGGCCGGGCCCAGCCCUCUGGCCGCUGAAGGCACCCGAUAUGGAGGCUUUUACCCUCAGGUCCGCUACCACGUUGGGCAAAGCUUCGGCAGAACAACCUCCAGGAUGCUGACCGACCCUGAGGUCCGCAAGAGCCCAUGCUCCGUUCUGACACCUUUGAGGAGGCCCAAGUUCACAGAAGACUUCAGCCAGCAGAAACUCCCUGCACCAGACAGGAUGGAUCAGGGCCAGUUGUACAUCCCAGGAUACACAGGAUUUGUACCCUACAGCGGUUGCUUUCCUAUUCCAGGCCAAGACUUCCAGCUCCCUUUGCCAAAGGUUCUUCCCCUGCCUGACCCUCCUCGAUGGACCCAUCCAGCACCAUUGGCAGCUGAGAGAAAAGUCAUCCCCUGCCAUCCCGCCAUCCGGCUGGCCUGUGGGCCCGGAUGGAGGCAGUUUGCAGCCACAGCCAGCUCACAGCUGGGCUCCCCGAAAGGCGAGCAAAGGUUUCUCUGCCACCCGGACAUUGCGCUGGUGUGUGGUCAGGAGGAGCGCCGAGGACCUUGCAAGGCUGGCAUGUCCUUAGUGUGCGGACAGGGCUGGAGGGGGCCUCCUUGCCGGGCAGGAACUGAUCAGCCAACCAGGACAGAAGGAGUGCCUUUGCCACUGGUAACAGAAACAGUGGAUGUCAGGCGGUUUGACCGGACCCCCAAGAUGGAUCUGCCCAACCUCAUUCAGCGAAAAGCUAUCUCAGGAUAUGCUGGAUUUAUCCCAUGCUUCACCUGGAUUAUGGGAGUCAACUACCUGAAGGGAGUGAAAGAUGCCAUGAACAAUUUUGAUAGAAACCAGGAAAGGCUAAGAAACCCCAUGCAUAGUUUUGGACAGCGCCUGCCCCACACUUACUGGCCCAACACAAAGAUCUACAACAGCAAAGGCCUGGUUCCAUUCUACACUGGGUUUGUGCCAACUAUCCGUGAAAAUUAUGCCCUAACUUUUGGCAACAGCACUCGGAAAGCUUAUUACGAUGAAGUAUUGCGGAGACAACAUACAGGAUGAAAAUGUUUUUAAUGUCCGUACAGCAUCAGACAGGUGACAUAACAACAACACAGCACACAUAAACAGAGGUCUUGAACAAAUAAAGUUUGUGACACCUUUGAACAGAACAAAGAGGUGUGACCCCAGCCUCCGGUC